UUGUGAUUUUGGAGGCGCGAAGUAUGUGAGGCUUUAGUAAAUCAAAAUCUGUGUUGAGUCACUGAUUUCUAAGGUAUCGAAAAUGACAAGCUUCUUGAAGAGCCCUAGUAGCUACUGUGAAUUCAAAGCCAGGGGCAGGGAUGCAGCUUACCGAUUCAAGAAUGGUUCACCUCAAUUUAAAGAAGUGCUUCGAAUGCGCUGCCACAAACGAGUGAAACAGGACCGUGGGAAGAUUAUGAACCUCCUCCGAAACUUGCCAAAUGAUGAACUACAAAAUGUUUUAUCAGAUACAAUACGUGAUGAAGUAAUGGAUAUAGUAGAGGCACCUUCAGGAAGUAUGGAUGGAGAUUCUGAGGAGGAAUUUACAAUAGAAAAAGAAGAAGAAACUGUAGAAAAAGAAGCUGAGACACGGCUUAUGGAGUGUUACGAGUUGUUGCUUGAGGAGUACCUGGAAGCUAUUCUGGCCGAACCACCUGCAUGUUGGUGUCCUUUGUGCCAACGAGGUUCUUUGGCACUUAUACCUGAUGGAGAAUUUGUGUGCAUGCGCUGUGCUGCCCGUCUGCCUGCACAUGGAUGUACCUCAUUAUCUUCUUUAGGGAUGAGACUGAUUGACUGCAGUCAGAGACACGAAAAUAUCUGUGCUUGUCCACCACAGUUUCUGUUGACCACUGCCGAGGAAGGAGGGCAUUUGUUGGCAGUUUGUAGCAACUGCAACACUGUUGAAACUGUGCUGUGAUAUUUCGCAUUGUAUUUUAUGCUGUGUCACAUUCUGUAAUUAAAUAUCUCCAAUCUGUUUUUCAUUCCUUGGUCUUUUAUUUAUGUUUGUGUCUGUUUUUAAAGACUGUAAAAAGACUCAAUGUUACUUUAAAAUAAAUAUAAACAUCAAUGGAA